AUCGAAGCGCGACCGAAUGAGCGCAUGCGUCCGGUCACCUACCAGUGACAAAAGCAAGGUGGGUGGAUCGCCGGACAGUGAGUGGUCGCCGUGUAAUCGAGUCAGGACCUGCGCAAAGAGGUACGGGUACCCUGAGGUGUAUAUAUUCGGCCUCGCAUGCGGGCGUUCAUCAUUGGCCUACCUGCAUCUGAAAGAGAGAAAUUCUACGUUAACAUAGCCCUAGAGCAAUCACUACGACGAAGACAUGGCCGCACCAUCUGGAUUUUGCCAGCCGACAACUUCCCCGCCAAGCGGAGCGGAGAACACCCUGCCAGACGGGGCGUCAAAACUGACGCAUGGUCAAGUGGUACGAGGGUGGCGUGAGUGCUUCAGCGCUACCGAGAACAGAUCGUAUUUUUUCAACAUUUACAGCCGAGAGAGCCGAUGGACUUUGCCUUCAACGCCGCCGGUACAGAAUGAGGAGAACCGGAACAGCGGACCCGAGCUGGACGUGCUGGAGGCGGCAGCCGCGGAACUCUCCGGUAACCCAUCACCCGACUACUCUCGCCCGCCGUACAUCAAGGGUAAAGGCAGCACCGGUGCGAAGCGAGUGUCGGAGGAAGUGGACACCAACGUCGACAUCAAGAAGCGGAAGUUUGCUCCGGACCCUGAACAGCAAGAGAAUGACAACAACGCCGUCAAAUUCCACAUUGGAGAAACCUCUUCCAGGAUCACGAGAGGAAGGCGUGAAAAGUCUAAAACACUCACCGGUCUGAUUUUGACAAAACUCAUCACGGACGAGAUGUUCCGCCUGGUGAAUCGCGCCCAAGAACAACUCGGCUGCGAGGGUUGUGAAGAGGGCUGGCCGAGCUUGUUCGAGCAUGCCUGUACAUUUUAUGGAGUCUGUCCUGAGUCUCGCAUCCACGAAUAUAUCGGCGAGUUCCUGGAGGAGGCAUGGCGGUCAGUGGACACGAACAGGGUACGCCCGAUAUUUCACGCUACGAUCAGUUUGUUGGGCGCCGCGGAGUUCACCGGUCAGGAAAUGGACAUGAUCAGUACUUUGAAUACAUUCGUACAAGACAUUGUAAAUGAAUGGAAGAACAAACCAGACCAGAUUGUUGAUUUUUUUCUGGACAGAGGAUUUAAUAACACAACCGAAAUCAUUCAAUACGCAGUUGACAUUGUAGAGGAUUAAGAAUUUAGUCGAGUUUUACUGUGUACACGUACACGCAUCUUUAAACUCUGUAGUGCUGGUAACCGCUGUUAACAUGUUUUGAUCGUAUUGCUUAUGGACUGACUAUGAGUGUUGAAAGUUUUCUUUGUUGUUCAUGCACUGUAAUAACUGUACGUUUAAAAUAAAUCUCAUUGUAGGUCAGUGUAAACGUGAUAGUGUAAUUGAAUAAACCACAAUCCGCAUGUAAAACCUGGAAAGUGCGUCUUCAAUCUUUUUUUUUUAGUCGGAAUGUUGAUUGAUUAAGGACGGACUGAAGCGGGGAGGGGGGGGGUACUGCGUUAGCACAAAUCGGGAAAAACUGGCAUAAUUAAAACUCGGCAUCCAAUGUGAACACAAACCGCUCUCCUUUGGUGCUCAUGACGCCGGCUUUUUGGUAUUCUCCGACCCGCUUUUCGAAGAAGUUAGUCUUUCCCUCUAGAGAGAUGUUUUCCAUGAAUGGGAAGGGGUUGGUAGCCUUCCAUAU